UGCCUGCUGCCUUCUUCUGUUCUGUUCGUUCACAACUCGCGACGAGGUAACGAAAAAUUUUCUUCCAACAUCUGCUCAAAAGCAAAAGGCAACCGCGGCGUUUUAUCGUGUUUCCUCAAGCAAAAUUCGGGCUGCGGUGAGGAAAGAAAAAAAUCCUCCAUUGAUAGUGAGAGUGAGAGCGCGUUGGAAACCGUCAAGUGUUGGUGGCGAGUGAAAAAAACGCGAAGAAAAUUCGAAAUCGCGUGAAGAUUUUGUGGUGUUGAAAAAUUUCUAUCUAAAAGGUGGUGCAUUUCGGAAUCCGUGACGGAACAAUCGUGUCCGCUGACUACCCGUGUCGUGCAGUGUGUGAGGAAACGCAGGAGUUUGGGUUACCCGGGGGAAAUCCGGAAGGACAACGAAGAACACAAGACUUAUUUGCUGAUCAAGAGUAUUAUCAUUUACACACACCCCGAAACAAGGACCCCGAAAAGUUUUUGCUUCCGAGCGGAUUGUCCGCUCUUGCAAGCGGAAGGGCGACGGAAUCGUGUAAACAUCAGUCGGACAGCACAUCGGAAGCUCGAAAAUGGACAAGAGGAAACUAUCCACGGCCGGGGAUACGUUAUACCAAACUCUAGGUUUGCCAAAAACCGCCACAGCAGACGACAUCAAGAAAACGUACAGGAAACUUGCCCUCAAAUACCACCCCGAUAAGAACCCCAACAAUCCAGAUGCAGCGGAAAAGUUCAAAGAGGUAAACCGGGCACAUUCCAUCCUCAGCGAUCUUACCAAACGGAACAUCUACGACAACUACGGUUCCCUGGGGCUGUACAUUGCCGAACAAUUCGGCGAAGAGAAUGUCAACGCAUACUUCAUGGUCACGUCCCCGACGUGCAAGGCAAUCUUCCUGAUUUGCGGCAUUCUGACCGGUUGCUACUGUUGCUGCUGUUGUUGUUGCUGCUGUAACUUCUGCUGUGGCAAGUACAAGCCACCGCACCCGGCGGACCAGUCCGGAGAUUACCACCAUCUGCACAGGGACGGUGGUGCCAGUAGUAGUGCCAACGCAGGCGAACGACCAAUAGUUACUGAACAGCCCACGCGAAACGAGGAUCUAGCAGAUUUGGAUGAAAACGGUGGUGGUGGUGGUCCGGUGACGUCCCAGCCAACGGCUGGCCAAGCGCAGGGAGCAGGAAUGCCAGUGUUUGCGAUGCCACCGCCGUCUUCGAACCCGACCAAUCCGUUCACGGGAGCAGCGGCCACCGAAAGCACAGGCCUCAACAGUGGCAAUCAACCGGUCUACACGCCAGGUCAUUAAAAGUUCAACCCGGAUAAUAUCAUCUUGAGAUGCGAAACCAACAUAAUGGUAUGAAGUAAGUGUUAUCGCCAUUGUUUGAAGUAUAUCUUUACCGUUAGUGAAACAAAGAAAUACCACAAAAGCAAACAAACAAUAACCUAACGCUACUGGAUAACUUAAAUGAGAUAUGUGUUUGUGCCACGUGACCAACACAGUCACUCGCAUCUAUGAAAGAAAUUGAAAGAAUCAUAACCCCGAUUAGAAGCUAUGAGAUUGUGUUUAAACACAACUCACGCACACACAUAAGUUACGCGUGUGUAACAGUAAGGAGAAUCAGUCAGAUAUCUAGACGCCGGUACAUUACAAAUCAAAAUCAACCAUAUUGAAUAUUUUAAAUAUAGAGCAGCAAACGAAGUACUUUCUUGCAACGGUCGAAUCAAUAAUUGAACUAUCUCUCACGUUACACCAAUACCGAGCACUCACACGAUCACUUUCACUCUCACAUGGAAAUCAGCAGCAAACACAGAGAAGAUGUAUCGUAAUCGCAGAUUUAGGGAAUAACGUUUUUCCUCAUUACACUAUAACGAAAAACAAAAAAAUAUAUUACGUGUUACUACUAUUUCGAUUUGUAAAGGAAUCAUAUUACACGCAAAGCAAAACUCUACAAUAAUGGAGAAACAAGUCUUUAAAUUUCCAAAGUAUGUCUGUUAUAUUUUUUCCUGCAAUUGUGUGGUAUUCUUCCUUUUUCGUCGUACAUAAGAAACGAAGAGAAAAUUACAAAAAAUAAUAUUAUAUUAAUUAUAGUGAGUCACAAAUUCUUCUAUUUAAUGUGUACCGUAAAGGCAAAAAGAAAAAAAAAUCGAAAAUGUUGAUAGUCAGAGCAGGAACUGGGUUUAACAAUAAAGAGACGGAGAAAGAGUACACACAAAAAUACAUUGAAACACACAAAAUCCAGAAGCAAAUAGAAUGGACAGAAGGCUACAUUAUUCAAUUGUAUUCAUAAUCUAGACGAAACAAACGAAAAAGAAAAGGAAGUGAAACAAAUACCUACGAUAAUAAAUUUUUCAAUGCGCCAGUUA